CAGUGUCGCUCCGACGACUGGGCCAACUCACCAGAAGGCCGAGGAAUUCUCCAGAAGCCAUUCUCAUGCUCACGUUUAACCCUGCGUCCGCCGCCCCUUUCAAUCCCACCCAGAAGCUUCAGAAUUCCGCCAUCGGUAGUCCCUGUCCCCAUUCACCGGCCUUCUUCUUGCGAUCGAUCGGACCAAAGAUGUCGCUCACCCCCUUCGGAUUCGGCCCUCGGCAGAGCAACAUCUUCGAUCCCUUUUCCCUCGACCUCUGGGACCCCUUCGAAGGCUUCCCCUUCGAUUCCAACCUCUCGUUCCCCCGGAUCCCCUUCCCCACCUCCUCCUACGCCGGCGCAGCCUCGGCUUUCGCCGCUGACACUCGCAUCGACUGGAAGGAGACUCCGGAGGCGCACGUGUUCAAGGCCGACCUUCCGGGGCUGAGGAAAGAGGAGGUCAAGGUGGAGGUGGAGGACGGCCGCGUCCUCCAGAUCAGCGGCGAGCGGAGCCGCGAGCACGAGGAGAAGACCGACACCUGGCACCGCGUCGAGCGGAGCAGCGGCAGGUUCCUCCGGAGGUUCCGGCUCCCCGAGAACGCCAAGGUGGAGCAGGUGAAGGCGGCCAUGGAGGACGGCGUGCUCACCGUCACCGUGCCCAAGGAGGGGGUCAAGAAGCCCAAUGUCAAGUCCAUCGAGAUCUCCGGUUGAAUGUUUGCUGUGUGUUAGCGUGAAUAAGGGGUCGUGAGUGUGUGUCCCUCCAAUCGCGACUUUGACUAUCGUGUCGUGCGAUCGCAGGUUGUCAUGCGUUUUGUUUCGAGAAUGGACUAUGAUAUUGUGUGAAUAAAAUAUGGACUAGCGUUGACUUUUGUUCUUCCACAGA